ACAUCGCAGGCAAUGUUGGUAAACACAGAGCUGCUGAUCGACGCUAGAACUCGUAUGAAGAUCGUGAGAUUGAAGGAGCAUUUAAAAAGACAUGAAAAUGAAGAAAAUUUUCCAUGUGAUAUAUGUGGGCAGCGCUUAUCUACAAAAAGAAAUUUGAAAAAUCAUCAGCGAUUGAAGCAUACAGUUCGAACAGGUGAGAAGCCUUUCGGUUGUGAUGUUUGCGGAAAGAGAUUCGAUUCAAAACAAAGAAGUAAAAUACAUAUGAUAACGCACACCGGCGAGAGACCUCAUGCUUGCAUGUUUUGCGAUCGACGAUAUGGUGAUAUUGGUGAUUUGAAGAGUCAUUUGCGGAAACAUCUCGGAGACAAUAUAUACCAGUGCGAUCGGUGCGAGGCUUCGUUCCGUUUAAAGAAAGAGUUGAAACGACACUACGCGGUUCAUUUCCAAGGUGGUGAUGCUUAUGCCCCUGCUUCAGACGAGAAGCCUGAUUUCCGGUUUACUCUAGAGUAUCUUGUAAAUUUGCGUCGUCAGAAAGAAUUAUCAAAAUUGAAUGCCGAAGAGAAUGCUUCUUCCGUGGAGUAAACUGUAUUAUUGUAAGAAUAUUUCAAAUUACACGUGACACAACUGAAUAAACAAUCGAUAAUCACUCGAACCAGUGA